AUGUCUUAAUUCUAUAGGAACUGUAUAAAACUGGAGGAAAAUGAACGGGAGGCGAUCUCAGCGUUCUUAUGUUUAAGCUGACGCUGAAAUCCGGAGGAAUUUUCCAAAUUCUGACAUGGCGUCCCCUCAUAAGACCCACAUUCCUCUGCCUCCGGACCCUGGUGACAAAACCUUGGAGAAUGAAGCAUGUUUGUCUACAGUUCCUAUCCAUGUUGUCACCGAUGCAUCUCAACUUCCUGCAGAAUUCCUGCAGCCUUCAUGUGAGAGGCAACUGGUCAUAGGCUUUGAUUGUGAGGGGGUUGAUCUCUGCCGUGACGGGUCUCUUUGUAUUAUGCAGCUUGCAUUUCCAGAUGCAAUAUAUCUGGUUGACGCUAUUGAGGGUGGACAGACACUCGUGAAGGCCUGUAAGCCUGCACUUGAGUCGAGUUACAUCACAAAAGUUAUUCACGACUGCAAACGAGAUAGUGAGGCAUUAUACUUCCAGUUCGGCAUUAAGUUACAUAAUGUUGUGGACACCCAGAUUGCUUAUUCUUUGAUUAAGGAGCAAGAAGGACAUAAGAGAGUGCCAGAUGACUACAUAUCAUUCGUUGGGCUGCUUGCUGACCCGCGAUUUGGUGGCAUAUCAUAUGUUGAGAAGGAAGAGGUUCGCCUUCUGUUGAGGCAGGAUCCCAACUUUUGGACAUAUAGACCGUUGUCUGAGUUAAUGGUCCGUGCAGCUGCAGAUGAUGUUCGCUUUCUUCUAUUUAUUUAUCACAAGAUGGUGGAGAAGUUAAACGAGAGAUCCUUGUGGUAUCUUGCAGUUCGUGGUGCACUAUAUUGUCGUUGUUUCUGCAUUGAUGAUAGUAAUUUUGCAGAUUGGCCACCUUUGCCUCCAAUUCCAGACAAUUUGAUUGCUGAUAAAACGGCACCAGAAGAAGAAAUCCUGUCUGUUCUUGAUGUUCCUCGAGGGAAAAUGGGAUGUGUUAUUGGAAAGCGAGGAGCUAAUAUCUUGUCAAUAAAGCAAUCAUGCAGCGCUGAGAUAUUUUUUGGAGGUGAUAAGGGCCCCCCAGACAAGGUGUUCAUAAUUGGCCCGGUAAAGCAAGUUAGGAAAGCAGAAGCCAUGCUAAGGGGUAGAAUGCUACAAAUGUACUAGAAACUAUUAUGUAAAUAAAUGAUCCAUAGAUGAGAUCUUAUGCUUAUGAAAAAUUGUGGCAAAGCCAAUCAGUUGCCAUCUUUGUUGUGUACUGAAGGGGUUGUAUCAAAUAUUAGACCAGUUUGUGGCAUGAAUCUGGGUUUUCCCUCUGAUUGUAACUCUUAAAAACCAUUUACAUGUUACUCAUUCUCGUAGUAUUUUAAGUUUA